CAAAAAGCAUGUCAAUGUCAUUUGGGUGGAAGUGGGAGUGGUAAAUUUUUAAAAGCCUGUGAAUAAAACACCGAAAAAAUGGUGCUCAUCCGCCCCGAAGAUAACUUAGUCACGAACGAAGCCGAAGGCCAAAACGCUACAGUGAAGGUAAAGGCCCCAAAAAGGGUCUUGCACUUUUGCGACGGUGUCCUGGAGGAGUACAGUUCAGACGAAGAUGAUUGCGUCGAUAACAAGAGUAAUCAGGCCGUCAUCAACCCUGCCUCAUUAACGUGGGGACCUUGGUUCAUGUACAAAGCAUGGUCAGCUGGCUCUUCGACUCUGACUGCUGUGGAUUCCGUAGGAGAAUUUCUGGCUUCUCUAUUCGGCAUCACUACACCGAGAUAUUAUUUCGAAAUGGAAGAAUAUAAGAGAAAGGAGGAGGAGAGACUGAAACGACAAGAAGGAGAAGCAGGCUGGUGCCAGGUUUCCAAUACGACUGUAUCAGUUCCGCUGAAAGACAUGUCGAAGGAUUCUGAACCUACAGAUGUUUAAAUUGAAAAAAAUAUAUAUGAGAUACGCUGUUCGUAGCUCUAUAUAAGCACGUGAAAUUUGAAAUUUAUUUUGCUUCUGUGUAUCGAAAGUACAAAAAAGCGCAGUAGAUGUUUUUAUUUAAGGGUUUGUUAUUAAUUUUACCUCACUCAGAGGCCAAAUAAGUACUUAUGUCCAAUCAGUGCCUUAUCGGUUUUUCUUUGGCUCAUUACUUAUUAAUGCUCUAAUAUACAUAUUUUUACAAACCAAAACUUUGAGAGUCCAAGUACAAUUUUAUUUAAUAUUUGUAAUUGUAUUUUUUUAAUAAGCAUUUCGAUAUUAUCUCGAAUAUUAGCUUUAAUUAAACUAUAAGUAUUCUACGAAAAAAGGGUAAUGACAAUAAAAUUACUGUAUUACUUGUACCUUGAUUUCUUUGGAAAGUUUUCAUAUAUUCUUCUCAGGUGUAGUGGCACAUAUAUAAUUUUUUAAGAAAGAUUUCUAAUAUAUUUGCACAUGUAUUGUGAAAAAUGUUAUUUUAUAAAUUGUUUGGAGUAAGUAUUUUAUUGUAUUUCAAUGUUAAUAAACAGUUAAAGCAAAGGGAAAUGCCUCAUCACUUAAAUUCUUUUACCUAGAAAUGUCAUUAAAACACAAAAACCCCAAAAUUACAAAUUU